AAGACUUCAAAAUGCAAAUUGAUAGUCUGUCUGCACCUGCAAAGAAGUUCGACGAAGUCCAUUUCAGUUUAGAAAAAGAGAGUAAAGAAACGUGGUAUGAUGUUUGUCCGAGAUGUAAAGAGAAGGUAAACAAUUAUAGCAUUACACAGUAUCUAGGCGUAGAAUGUCAAACAGAAAACAGGGAAAAUCCUUUUACAAAGUCUCUACUGUACUUGACACCAUAUCCGUCAACUGAUUGUGAGAGACAGGGUACUGGCCGAAAUUCACAUACAUACUUUGCAUACGAGUCAUCAACACAGCAAAGUAACGAACUGAAACCGGCUGUUGAAAACGGAAAUCGGGAUCAUGGGGAUGAGGUGAAAUCACUGAAAUUGAAGAAAACAAGUAGUGAAUCACAAAGAAAGCGUAUUCAAGAUGAGAUUCAAAAGCUCCAAAACGAACUGGAUAAACUUCAUAUCAAUAAAGUUGAAACAGAAUCAGAAUUGACGAGGACACAGGAAGAGAACAAACAUCUCAUAGCCUAUCAAAGUACCAGCGAAGAAAGACUUCGAACUUUACAAAAACGACAUGACGAAUUAAAAUCAGAGACGAAAACUUCACAACAAGAACACGAUCAAAUCAAACAGACUCUGGAAGAGAAGAUUAAGAGUUUGACACAGAAAAAGAAGAAAGCACAGGAUGAAUACAUGUGUUUGAAAGCUGAGUGUGAUAAGCAAAAAGAAGAACUGAGGAAGUUCAAACAACAACUCGAGGAAUUGAAGAAGCCACAGAAAAAACGUGUCGUACUUGGCCUACGUAGUGAGAAAAGCGGAUUGGGAAAAUCUCUGGUUGAUAUGGUAACGAAGGGACUGACGAAGCGCCUACAAGAGAGGCUGGACAUGAGCAACUUAAAUUUGAUGGUUUCAUUUUCUCAAAAUCCAUCCGAUGUCACUAAUGGUUUCCAAAUAGUCAUUUGUCUGAACAUGUCCAGGGUUGGUACCAAUAUCGCGGACAGUCUAAAGGGAAUGAAAGUUGAUAGAGACGUGUUUGUCAUGGUGCUUCAUCACACCAACAAGGAAAAUCUUUCAGCUCUUACUCCUACAAGUCACCGCGUGACCGGAAAUGAAGUGCGACAGUUAGGCGGAAUUCUCGACAUGGCGUUCAGCAGUGAUGGUGGGCUGUACGAAUGUGAUCUUAACAACGUUGCUGUGGAAAAAAUUGCUUCUAUCCUCAGAAAAUGUUUGAUAUUUUAAAUAUCGCAACCCAAAACAUAAACACCAAAAAAAUAUGUUAGUAUGGACAUGGACGUAUGUCAAAAUAGUGUGGAGCGUAUAUUAGAACUCAGAACAUUCCAUUGUAAAGAACAUGGACGUGUGGAUGAGGUGUCAUAUAAACAGAAAUAGAUAUAUAUAUAUAUAUCGUCAAUAUCCUCGUCAAAAGAAACAGUAACUUCUUGCUUAUAAUUUUAUGAUUGCGAUGAUGUGAUUCCAUUCAUGAGACUGCUGUGGUUUCAUUGAAUACAAUGGAUACGUAAAUCGAUCUAGGCAAUUAGUGAUCUCAAGCUUUGGCUUUCAUUUUUUAAAAUAGGAUGACGUAUAAUAAUGAAAAUCAAGCUUUGUAUAAAACACUUAAUAAGCAUUCGAUCUUUUAUUAAGCCGUUGUUUAAAUGACGUGUUGUAAAUGUACAGGCUGGGAACUGUAAUCUUUUCCAGGACCGGUGUGCACACUUUCACUUCGACCAAUGAUGUAGCCUUGCUUUCGCUUUGCUUAUUAUGCAGAACUUAUGCCUAACGGUGUCCUUAUGAUAAUCCGAUAUAUUUAACCUCAAAAUAUCUUUUUAAAUCUAUGGUUUCCAACGAAAUGGUUGCAGCACUUUUGUAUAGUUGAAUUUGUCUUAAGUUGUGUUUUUAUUGUACUAGUCAAUGAUGAAAAUUACGCUGUAAAUCAACUCUUGAAAAGAUGUAAUUUGUAUUGCUUAUGAUUUUAUAUGACUACAACAAUUGUUUUCUUAUUUAAAACAGAGAUGCAUAUUAUUAGAAAUUUGAAGUUAUUUGCACUUUAAUUAUUUAAUUGAUAUCAGUGAAAUAUUUUUCCGGGUAAUGUGUAAUGCAUUCGUAUCCCUGCCACCUUACACGAAAUGAGGAAUAACAAAAGCAAGUGUAAAGUGAGGAUAUCACGUGUUUAUUGUUAAUGGCAGUAAAAAGGAGUGGAUAUAUCAAAUUAGAUUUUGAAUAAAUACCUAAUGAUUUAUCUAAGGUAUGGCACUUCCAAAACCCAUCAAACAAUAAUCGCUACGAACAAAUAUAUCUAACUGAUCCUAAUAUCGUUAAGAUCAACAUAUAAUACAAAAGGAAAGGGGACAAUCGAUUAUCUUACGGCAAAAUCAGUAUUGUUUUUGUUUGUUUUUGUUGUUGUUAUUUUUUUUUCGAUUAAAUGAUUGGUUAAUCCGUAAAUAUCCCGGAAUGAAAUCAUUUUGAUAAUAAUAUACAUUCCAGUUUUAAAUGUACAUAUGGGUGAGAAAAAAAGGAUGAUCUCUGUUAUUAUUUGAUGAUAUACAUUCGUCUUGGUUUCAAUCAAUUGAUCUCUUAAUAUGUUUAGAGACUAAAAACAACCCCUUUAGUAUCGAAACAAGACCUUAGCGAUCUUCUAAUUCGAAAGUGCUAUAAUUUCUUUUAUGUAGAUUAGCAUAUAAAUCAAGAUACAUGUAUAUGUAACAUGCAAGUAUAUUUGUUUACUCAUUAGACAAUAUUGAAAAGUAAAAUGUAACAAUUACGAGCCGAACAUAUAGAAUGCGUGGCCUGUGUCAUAUCUUUGGACGUGUUUGAAGUAGAAAAUGCUUGUAUCAAGCUCAGUCUACUGGGAUGUUCUGAACCUUUAUUUCGAUUUUUAUUUUAGAAUCAGGCUUAAACUAAGAAAACUUCAGUGACACAAAAGUCUAACGCAUUAAAAAGACUCAUUUGCGUGUGAGGGAUUAAUGUUGUUUACAGAUGAACACUGUAGUUAUCAAAAAGACUUUCCUUUAUAUAUUUGAUAUAUUAAGACAGUUUCAAUUCUUAUAUGAAAAUGAAGUGCUCUGUUUUUAGUUAUUCUAGGACCGCCAAAUGUUUUAGCGAUUGUUAAUAAAUAUCAUAGCAAAAGUGUU